AUGUUAUCUUCUAUUGAAUUUCUUGGGAUCUAUGUAACGGACCGUCUGUCUAUCUAUCUAUCUAUCUAUCUAUCUAUCUAUCUAUCUAUCUAUCAGUCUGUUCUAUCUAUCUAUCUAUCUAUCUAUCUAUCUAUCUAUCUAUCUAUCUAUCUAUCCUCCCACAUUAAACUUGGCCUUGUGCCGCAUCCGACCGCAUGUGGAGAUUACCAUAUCUAUCUUCAUCUAUUUAUCCAUUUAUUCUUUGUUUUAUCUGUUGGUAUCUAUCUGUCAUCUAUCUAUCAUCUAUCUAUCUAUCUAUCUAUCAUCUAUCUAUCAUCUAUCUAUCUAUCUAUCUAUCUAUGUCAGUCCGUUCAUUUCUAUUAUCUAUCUAUCUAUCUAUCUAUCUAUCUAUCUAUGUCAGUCUGUUCAUUAUCUAUCUAUCUAUCUAUCUAUCUAUCUAUCUAUCUAUCUAUCUAUCUAUCUAUGUCUUUUCUUUCUAUCUAUUUGUUGUAA